CCGAUGAAAGUGGUUACAUUUGUGUUAUUCCGUCGUAGAGGGCGCACUACACAGUGGUAACUCGCAUUUUUACAAUUCCAAUAUAUGCCACGCGUUCACACUGAAAUGCAUUUGUCAAUACAAUGUAUAUUCAUCCUUCAGUUUUCGUUUUAACACAUUUUGAUGUUUUUUUUUUAUUUAUUUAAAACAAUUUACAGAUACUUGGAGGAUUUCUGUAAGAAAUAUCCCAUGAACAUCCGCUACAAUACCAAUAUCGCAAAUAUUCACCGAGACGAGAUGAAAGACGGACAGCAUUCCGAAUCUAAGUUCACCGUCUCCGAUGAUACUGACAAGUUGUUCACUUGCCGGGUGCUUCUGGUCGGAACGGGGCCGUCGUUGCCGCAUAACCCAGCGAUUCCGGGCAUUGAACUGAUUGACACGUAUCAAGACCAUUCGUUGGACACAAAUGAGUACAAGAACAAGAAAGUUUGCAUACUUGGCGGUGGAAACAGCGCUUUUGAGGUUGCUGACCACCUUGCUGCAUCCGCUGGCAUUAUUCACGUGUUCAACCGACACCCUGUGAAGUUUUCGUGGGAUACCCACUUUGUCGGUCAUCUCCGCGCCGUCAACAACAACCUCCUGGACAUGUAUCACCUCAAAUCGCUGCACGCGCUACGCAAAUGUGACGCUACGCGCGUGUGGAAGACGGAAGACGGCAAAUUUAGCAUCGAGUACGAUAUGCGCCUGCCCAAUUGGAAUCCGCCAGGCACUGGUCGCUUCGUUACGAGUGGAUAUGAUAAAAUUAUCUCCUGUACCGGAUGGAAGUUCAUUAACAUUGACAUGUUUGACGAGUCGUGCAAACCUGCAACUCACACCGAAGGAAAGUUUCCUGUUCUCGAUGCGCACUGGCAGACGACAGUUCGAGACUUGUAUUUCAUUGGUACGCCCAUGCAGUCACGUGAUCGGCGGGCAGCAUCCGGUUUUAUCCACGGCUUCCGCUACAACGUACGUUCACUGGCCACCAUGUUACGGUCAACGUAUAAUGACGUCACUCUGCCCAAGAAAGUGUUCAGUCCUAUCGACCAAGAAGAAAUUUGCAACUGGGUUGUCAAACACAUUAGUGUCGUGUCUGCCCUCUAUCAGAUGGGACAGGGUUAUCUAUGUGACGUCAUGCUGAUCAAUCCUGAAGAGAGCGCUAAACCAGUGGACGGCACGCCGACCCCGGGUAACGUUGAAUACUUGAGAGAGCUUCCAGAAGACUGGGUCAAAACACAGGACUGGUUCAAGAAAGCAUCUCUUGCCAUUAUCGUAUCUAUCGAAGAUACCAUUGAAAAAUACCCAAGCCUGAGGGCAACAGAGUUCUUCACACCUGGUGACGCCAAUAUCUCUAACUGCAAGUGUUCACCGUUCCCACAAGCCGUUUUCCGUGUGUUCAGAGAAGGCAGCAUGGUGGAAGAUCUUUUCAUCGGCGGAUCGUUGGUGGUACGUGCUGACACUAGGAACUUCGAUGGCGAUACCAACCCUGAUAGAUACUGCAACAAAAUUCGGAACCUUUUUCACCGCCAUACGAUGAUAUUGAUUUCAUUAUUUGAUCUAUGUUGUGAUGGUUCCACUUCGAGAAUUAUUAAACGACAAGGACACAACAAACGGUCUAUUAAUGUGCUUGAUACGAUAAAGCUCAUUCAUGAGACUGAUGAAGAAAAUUAA